UGUAAUAAUUAGCUGCGUAUGCGGUCUUAAAAUUCGAACGCAACAAAGCAUUUGGAGAAAAAGUAAACGAAAAAAGUCAGUCAGUCGAAUUGAGUACAAAAAAAAAAAAAAUGAGAGAGAAUGAGAGAGCAUGUCGCGUAUGCAAAAAGAGGGUGCCAGAGAGCUGAAUACGAAACUUGUCAAUGUUGCGUGAAUCAAGCAAACGACAGAAAUUGUUGUAAUUAAUUCAUAUUUAAUUGCUGUUUGGUGUAAUUCGUGUGUGGCUGACGCGACGGUGUUGGUGUUGGUAAUAAAGUUAAACGCGCACUUAACCAAAACGUGUACUUUUGGCUGUAAUGUCAGCUGCCAAAAGGAAGCCAGAAUGUGAGCUGCUGCAGCAGAUAAGCAGUAGCGCAUAGUGUAAUGCGUAUUGAGGUCAAUAUAUAUAUAUAUAUAUCUAUACAAAACUGUUACAUAUAUAACGCAGCCAAGGCAGCAGCAUAGGCACGCGCUUGUGUUACUCUAUGCAUGUGUGUUCUAUCUAACAGCAGCACACAGCAUAUAGAAAAACACAAGAGUCGCAUUAUUACAGCAAGAAAAUGUUCGUAUUUGUAUACAAAAAGUGAAAUUAAGUGUUUAAAAGCGCGCACCUCGUUCGUAAGAAGUGGCGACAAAAACAACAUCUGAAACCACGACCAGCAUCACGACAUGCUCGCGCGUCCGCGUAUCGUUUACACAACAACUACAACUAAUUGAACAUGUUGGCAGAUGAGCAAGACGAAAAUAAUAGUUUCAGAAGCAUACAGAUCGUCCGCUACUAAACGGCUGCUGUUAUCAUCAUGGCCGCAACAUCCGCUGGCCAGCAGCAGCAGCAACAGCAUAAAUUGAAUAUUGUUGCCAAUGCUGAAACUGUUGGUGGCAUGUUGCAGAUCAACGAAAUUCAGGGCCAGCAGCAACAUCACCAACAGCUACCCCAGCCCCAGCAAAUAAACCUUCAGGAGCGGCAUAUUUACAAGCAGCAACAGCAAAUGUUGCCGAUGCAACACCACCAGCAGCAGCAGCAACAACAGCUACAAUUCUUUCAGCAACAGCAAACUAAAUUUGUAUCGCGGGUCGCUACAAAUGCCAAUAAACAGCAACAACAACAACAACAGCAGCAGCAGAUCUUACCAGCUGGCUUGGUAAAUGGUAAUGGCAACAUCAUGCAUCAGCAGCAGCAGCAGCAGCAACAACGACACACUGCGCAACAUGUUUUCGUUUGCCCAACAACAAGCCCGCACUUGCAACAACAACAACAACAGCAACAGCAGCUCAGACAACGUCAAACGCAAAUAAAGUUACCAUUUAAGUCGCCAAUGGCAGCAGCAGCGACAGCAGUAGGAGGAGGAGGAGCAGGAGGAACAACAUCAUCGAUGUCAACUGUUGCUACAACGCAUUGCCUGCCACCAACAAUCGCAUCACGUCAAAUGAGCCAGAACAGUCAGCUUUAUGUUAAGAAUGUUGCAAACGCCAACAAUGCCAUCAGUAACAACAACGGCAACAACAGCAGCAGCAACAGAAACAACAUCAUCAUCAAUGGCAACAGCAGCAGCAGCAGCAACAAAAACAGUAACAUAAACAGCAAAAGCUGCAACUACAACUACAAUGCAAAUUUAGCUCCAGGCUGGCGUCGCCUCACAAACAACAAUGAAGUGGCCUACAUCAGUCCCACGGGCAAAACGCUGCGCACUCAAUUCCAAAUCAAGGACUAUUUGCUGGCACAAGGUACCUGCAAGUGCGGCCUGCCUUGUCCACUACGUCCGGAAUACUUUUUCGAUUUUAAUGCACAGGUGCCCAACAUGCCAUGGAAGCCGGCGGCAGGGAUUAAAGCAACCAACGGCAACACCAAUGCCAAGAACAGCACUGGGGGAGAGGCGUCCAGCUCGUCAUCCAUAUCCACGCCAUGCUUGCAUCAGCUACGCUUUAUCGAAUCUCAGCAACCGCCUGCCCAGUCGAGUGGGAAGGAUGUGGCGACUUCUACGGCCGUAGUUGGCAGUGAUGUCUACACGCUGAUGCGGACGACGAUGACGAUGUCGGCGAUGGCGGUGGCGGCGCAAGCUUCUGAAACAAUACGAACAUCAUCAUCGUCGACACCUGCUGCCGUUGCCACAGCCACGGCCACCACAACAACAACAAUAACAACGCCAACGCCAACUAAACUCGAGUGCGCCAACAAAGAUACUGAUUGUCUGAAAUAUGGCGAUGCACUAAACGCUGCGACUACCAAGCUCUCCCCCUAUGCUGUACCAACUACGCCCGCAGUUACGACCAUGCUAACUAGUCAAGCUGUCGCAAUCGGCAAAGGGUCUCGCCCAAUGCAUGUGAUAAAUGGUGGCGAGAAUCGGAAUCAAGUGCAGCAGCAGCCAACGCCACCGCCAGCACCACCGCCGCAACAGCAACAGCAGCUGCAGCAGCAGCAGCAGCAGAAACAUGUGCAGCAGCAGAAGCCGAACUUCAACGAUGAUCCUGCCGGCUACAUGCAGCAGCAAACGGCUCUGCUGCACAAUACGCUAAGCGGAGGACUGGAAGGAGGCAACGCAUCUGGUGGUGGUGUCAUGUCCCGGGUGGAGAACAGUGUCAGCAUCAGCCGCAAGGCGCAGUUGAUUUGCACGACGGCAAAAGCCCUACCACAGGAGCCGAUUGUGCAUAGUUCGCAGCAGAUGUCACAUCCGCCGCUCCAGCAGCAGAAAUCACUGUCGAAUCUGCAGCAACGGCAGCGCAUUCGACGUCUCUCGCUCUUUGCUGGCGGCAAGUGGGAACUGGAGCCGUCUGGAGCGCGUUCAUUGCAUGUGGAGACGCUGCCGCCGGCAUUUGUGCGUCCACAAAAGCCGCAAAUUUCCAGUAUUACGGUGGUGUCUGCGCCACAGGAUUCUCCAGUCUCCUCCAGCACUGCAAUGGCGCAAGCCCGUAAUGUGAACGAGUCAGAGAAGCGACCUGAGCAGGUGGGUGCCAUAUCGACCAGCCAUGAGAGUCCACGGCAUAGUCUUUCGUCGCCAACGGAGUCGCCGGACUCAUUGAAGAGUGCGCCAUCGGCCUCGCCUGUGCCACAGCCUCAGCCUCAGCAGCAAUCUUCAACCCUGGUAGCCACAUUACCCACGCAUGCCAAGGCGCAGAUUCUCCAGAUGCGCGUGCAGAAUCAGCAGCUUCAGCAGCAGGUGCAGCAAGCCUCAGCCGCGCAGCACACUCAAGUGCGCAUUGUGCGUCAGGCGGCGCAGCCGACCCGCUUGCCAGUUGCCAGCACUGUGGGGGCCACUCUCACCCGCAGCAUUGUCACUACAAUUGCGGGGGCAAGUCGCGCAGCGAACACCUUGACGACCAUGACUAGCACAGCCGCAGGAAACCACAUACAGAAGCUCAGCGAACAGAAGAUCUCGCCAAACAAUCAAAUCACCGUGAGUCAGCUCCAGCAGCUGCAGCCGCUGCUGCGCCCCAACGACCUCGCCAACAAUGGCAGUCAGAUCAUUAUGACGUCAUCGGGGCAGCUGCUCGUUAUACCUGCUGCGAGCAGCAAGCCGCAGGCGCAACAGCAGCGACAAGCGGCCCAGCCCACAAACGUCAUAAUACAGCAGCAGGCUGGAGCUAACGAGCUGCCGCAGCUGGCAGCCAGUGCCAAUGGUGGACUUAUCCUACAAAAUGGAGCACAGCACUCGCAUUCGAAUGGUAGUGGCUACCUCGUUGGGCAACCCAGCGGUGCCAAUGCCAGCAGCUCCGCCACCACUGUCAUUCUCAACUCCAGCCAUAACAUAUUGACGGCCGGUGGAGCCAAACUCUUGCACGCGGGGGGCCAACAGCUUAUUGCCACACCAGCUGGCGGACAUCAUCAGCUUAUCAGCACAUCGCAGGCGGCUAGUCAGGCAGGACAGGCAGCCACACAGACCGUAGUUCUGAAUACACUGCCCAAUGGUGGCUACAUUGUGCAACAACCGGCGCAGUCGGCUGCACAGCCACUGGAUACCACACAGCUGAUGAGCUCUACACACCACCAGGUUCACCAGCACCACACAAUGCAGCAGCCCACGGCAAAUACUCAGGCACUCAUCAUCAGCUCGCCGGAGACGAAACGCCGGCAGCGCAAACGGAAGAGCUCGCUCAGCAUAUCAACACCGCCAAGUUCGCCCGCCAAGAUUCAUUCGCCCCAGAUCUCGCCCAGCAUACCUAGCCAGGCACCGGCACUUCUCCAGCAGGCAGCGGCCGCGGCAGCUGCGCAACAAACCACUCACCCACAAGUUGUGCAGAUUACCACAGGUCCUGCAGCAGCGUCUGCGCAAACUGCUCAGUUCCCCCAGCAGUUUCAACUUAGUCCCGGCAUCCAGGGCAUUGUGGUUAACAAGCCAGCAUCGCAGCCUGCUCCACAAACGCAUCAGCUAUUGCUGCAGAAUGGCCAAAUUCUACAGCACGUUAAUCUAAUUGGGCAGCAGCUGCUCAUGCCAGCGGGUCUGGUGAUGGCGCCCGAUACCACUCUGCUUCAGAUACAGAAUGUGGGCGCUUGUGCUCCAGGAACGAGCAUCCUGACUCCACAGGGCCCCGUCAUGCUGCGCACGCCUUCACCACAGAAUAAGCCUUUCAUUUCGCCCAGCGCCUCCGGCCAGCAGUACAUUGUGGGCGCCAAUGGACAACUUAGCCCUAUUGGCCAGAUAUACUCGACACCAAUGGGGCUGGUAAUGCCAACGGCCCAGCAGACUAACCAAACGGGAGCCGCCACUGCUGCCGCCUAUGUGCAGGCCAGUCCGACGGCGACCAUUCAGCUUCAGCCGCAACCGCAUCCUAACCAACAGCAGCAACAGCAGGCUCACCAACAGAUCGGCCUGCAGUCCACGGCAUCGACGACGGCCACACUUCAACCUGUGCUUGCCACGAACACCGAGAAGAGCUACAUAGAGUCGAUGAAUGUCAAUGGUCGCCACAUGACCGCCGCCAGUCCUCCGGACACAACAACAUGCAGUCCACACAGCCCGGAACGACCACCCAGUCAUCGAAGCACUGGCAGCGAUAUGGUCCAGUGUGUUUCCAGCUCGGAGCCGGAUGCUGCGGUUUCGCCACAAAGCACCGACAGUCGUCAGUCGCCCUCCUCAACGGACUGCGAGCGAGGUAUCUACUCCACGCACUCGUUCAGUCAGCCCAGCAGCGUGUUCAAGCCAAUGGAGCCGAAAAUUCGACGUUUACACAUCACAUCGCAGGCAGCUGCAGCAGCAGUUUCGGAGAACGGAAAUGGAGCUCUCACCGGUCUUGGCAUGGGUGCCAUGGCUCAAGUCCCAGCUGCAACCAUGGCCACUGCCCCAUCGGCAGGGAGCCUAAUGCAUUCGCAGGUGUCCGCGCAUCACGCUCCCCCCAGCCAUAGCCACAUCAUGCACUCGAACAGGCAUUCUAACAACCACAGCCAUAGCCAACCCUCCAGCGCUUACAUGCACCUCAAUAACCACAAAGUAGUUAGCGUCGAGUACCAGGAGUCGUCCACAUCGCCGCCCAACAUCCCCAGCACAACAACGACCAAGACGGUACCGCCUUCAGCCUUGCCACCGGCAGAAGAACCCUCCGAUGCACCUCCUAGAAUGAAGGCAACAACAUCCACACCCAGCAAGCGAACCCGUCAGCGGGCUGUCCGCGUCACGCCAAGCAACAUGCUGCCCCUGAUGCCGCCACGCUCCUUUGCCAUCGGGGAACUUAUUUGGGGGCCGGCGCGCGGUCAUCCCGCCUGGCCAGGCAAGAUCGUGAAGAUGCCCGAUGGCAUGUGCACGCCAUCAAAGCAGUUUGAUCAUGUCUGCGUGCAGUGGUUUGGUGGUGGGGGACGCUCCACCUCUGAGCUGAUUCCGGUCAACCUAUUGCAGAGCCUGUCCGAGGGCCUGGAGGCACACCACAAGGCGCAAAAGGAUACUAGAAAGAGCCGCAAACUGAACUCGCAACUCGAGCGGGCUAUUCAAGAAGCAAUGACUGAGUUGGAUAACAUUUCAGCUUCGUCGACCACCACGUCGGCGAGCACAAUGGGCAGCCCUCCCGCUGUCACCCACAACCACAGCCAACAGCAGCCCACGUCCACGAGUAAUGUGUCCGCAGCCCAUAUUGUGAUCGCCAACAGCAGCAACAACAACAACAGCAGCAGCAGCAACAUCAAUGGCUUAGCACGCAAUAAGCGCGUGGCAACGACAUCCACUGUCGGUGGCGGUGGCGGAAGUGGAAGCAGUGUGGUGCUAACCGCCAGCACAUUGAGUGGCCUCUUCAGUCAACAGCGUCCGAAGCCCAUACGCAUAGCGCCUGCGCCACCGUCGACCGGCACUGGAGGCACCGCUGCAGCCACCGUCUCGGCCACGGCCAAGGCAGAGCUCUUGAGGCUGACCAAAUGA